GACUCAGUAAAGCAGGGUAUGUGUCGGCACCUGUCCGCGCGCUUCGGGAGAAUACGGUUCUCCGUAUGCCAGUGACACACGGUUGGAUUUCACGUCGUUACCGUGGCCUCAUAAAGUAAUGGGGACACUUCGAGAUCUCCAGUUCGCCCUGCAGCUGAAAAUUGAGGAGCUUCGUCAGAGAGACACACUAAUAGAUGAACUAGAGCUUGAGUUGGAUACCAAGGAUGACCUCAUUCGGAGACUGCAAGGAGAACUAGACCGCUUCAGGGCCACCAUCUCACCCCCAGGACACUCUGCAUCCAGUUCAGGAAACUCCUUGUGUGUUUCAGGGUACUCAGAGCAGUGUGAUAAGUCUCAGAGAUCAAAGAGGAAGACUAUAUUUUCAGAGCCUCUAAACGUGGACCCAAAGAAAUUUGCAGCGACAACCCAAAACACAACAUGCAAUAUAACCCAGGGGGUACGGGAGCUGAUACAGACAGCCUUUCUGGAGAACAACUUAUUGAGACAUCUGGAAAGUGGUCAGAUCCUGGCUAUGAUGGACUGCAUGUACCCUACCACAGUAGAUCAGGGCUGCCUUGUCAUUCAGGAAGGAGCUGAAGGAAAUCUUGCCUAUGUGCUCGAAGAGGGGAGGAUGGAGGUUACUAAGGAUGCUCAAAAGCUGCUCACCGUCGAAGCAGGACAAGUGUUUGGAGAGGCUGCCCUCCUGUACAACUGUUCCUACACAUACUCCUUAUCAGCUCUAACAAACAGCAAGUUGUGGGUUAUCGACCGCGGAAGCUUCCAGAGCGUCACGAUCCAGAGUUCUCUCAGCAGCUUGUCUCGUUCCAUGGAGCUGCUGUGCAGUGUGUCCUUCCUGCGUUCUCUGCCCGAAGACGUGCUGAUGAAAAUGGCCGACAUGUUGGAGGAGGCCCACUAUACGGAGGGCGAUUACAUCAUCCGGCAGGGGACCACAGGGGACACCUUCUACAUCAUAAGCAAGGGACAGGUCAAAGUGACAGAGAAGAAGACAACCAGCGAGAUGGUUGAACUGUCUACGCUCUCUCAAGGACAUUGGUUUGGCGAGAAAGCUCUGAGAGGAGACGACGUGCGAACAGUGAAUGUGAUUGCCGCGGGAGAUGUGACAUGCUUGGUAAUAGACCGAGAGUCGUUCAGACAGGUCAUUGGCGGCGUGGUGGACGACAGUAAUGAUGGCCAGGAGAGCAUUGAAUCAAAAGUCAAGGCAGAGGAGGAGGAUGCUGUCCUCUCCAGCGCGACGCUCAGUGAUUUCCAGGUCAUCUGCAAUUUAGGAGUGGGGGAGAUCGGCCACGUGGACCUGGUGAAGCUUCACAAGGGCACCACCAGGUGCCUCUUGGCCAUGCGGGUUUUGAGGAAGCACCUGCUGAGGAGCUCUGCGAGGCAGGAGCACGUCCUGAGGGAGAAACGCAACCUCACAGACGCUCACUGUCCGUUCAUCGUCAGACUGCAUCGUACCUUCAAAGAAGCUAGGUGUCUGUACAUGCUGACAGAGGCCUGUCUGGGAGGGGAGCUAUGGAGUCUGCUACGAGACAGAGAGAUGUUCGACGACACCACCACCAGGUUUUACACGGCAUGUGUUGUCGAGGCGCUUGUCUUCCUGCACCACCGAGGCAUCGUCUACAGAGACCUCAAGCCUGAGAACGUCAUUCUGGACCAGCGUGGAUAUGUCAAACUGAUGGGACUAGGAUGUGCUAAAAAGCUAGGCCUGGGGAGGAAGACCUGGACCAUGUGUGGCACCCCUGGCUACAUGGCCCCUGAGGUCAUCCUAAACCAGGGUCACAGCCUGUCAACAGACCUCUGGUCUCUUGGGGUUUUUGUGUUUGAGCUGCUGAGUGGAAGCCUCCCAUUCUGUGGCCCUGACCACAUGAGGGCAUUCGUCGCCACCCUUCGUGGCAUCGACCUGGUCGAGUUUCCCAAAACGAUCGGCAGGAACGCGUCGAGCCUCAUCAAGAAGCUCUGCAGGAACAACCCCUCAGAGAGACUGGGAAAUCAGAGGAAUGGGGCCAAGGACAUACAGAAGCACAAAUGGUUUGAAGGGUUUAACUGGGAAGGACUCAACAAAGGCACGUUGGCCCCGCCCAUCAUACCCAAACCCAACAGUCAUUUGGAAACCAGCAGAAUGGAUCCUGUUUCAGAUAACCUUGAGGAGGAUCCAUCAGAAGGGGAGUCGGACUGGGACAAUGAUUUCUGAUGGGAAAGAUCAAUACGAACUGGGUUGAAUAACACUGGAGUGGAGCUUUUUGU